AUGGAUAGUUUCAUUGAUGAAGAGUUAAAUUCAGCUGAUGAAAAUGAACCCGUUUUAUUAGAUAUAAGUGAUUUAUUGAAUUUGAAAAGACAAAAAAAAAAAAAUAUAAAAGAGGAACUUAAUUAUGUUCAAAAAGAUUUUAAUUUUCUAAAACCAGUAGAAGAUAAUUAUGAUGACAAUGAAUUCUUAAUAACCGAAAAAGAAAAAACAAGAUUAAAAAAUAAAGAAUACUGUUCAUCAAAAUAUACUAAUUAUUAUUUAAAUAUCGGUUCCAUAUGUAAGAAUUGUUAUAAAAGAACAUGCAAAAAAUUAGGAAACAUUUUCACUCAUAAAAGAAGAGAUGAAAAUUUUUUUAGUUAUUCAAAUACGUUUUCUAGUGAUUGUUUUAAUAUAUUAGCUAACCGUUUAUACUAUUCAAAAAUUACAUCCUAUAUAUAUUUUUUUGUUCUUUUAUUAAAUAUAUUUAUCCUAAUAUAUUGUUUUUUUACAAAAAUACUGAAUAAAUUUGUGGUUUGUUCUGAAAUUUUUGUUAUUUUUAUGUUAUUUAUAGAAGUCUGUCUAAGAUUAAUAACUGAAGGUAGCAAUUAUUUUUAUCAUUUUGAUGGUCUAUUUGAUGUAACAGUUACAAUAAUGUGUUUUUUGCUUCUAAUAAGUAGUGGUGACUUGAAAAUAUUUAAUGAAACUAGCAUAGUUAAAACAAAAAAUAAAGAAAUAGAAGAAAUUAUUUCUCAAAGUUUAACAGUAUUACGAUUUUCAUUUCAAUUAUUUAGAACAAUAACUUUGUUUAUGCAUCAUAAAAGAACAAAAGCACCAAAUGAUAAUAUAGACUUUUCUUUGUUAAAUUUGCCAAAAGAUGAUUUUUGA